AUGGAGUACGUGGCCGUGCGGGCUCCGACUCCGAUGAGCCGCAGGACUCGCCAUGCUUACCAGCUCGCCGCCGACCCGACUGUUCCUCCUCCUCCGUUGCAGACGACGACGACGACGACGACAGGCAACGGCGUGCAACAGCACAAUCGGAGGCGCAUGGAUCUUGAGCACGAGGUGGCGGAGCUGAAGCAGCAGCUGAGCAACGAGGAGACGGUGCACCACAUCCUGGAGCGCGCCCUGCACCCAACCACCACCGCCGCCUCCCCCUCCUCCGCGCGCUCCGUCCUCCUCAACAUCCCGGCCUUCAUCCCGGCGAAGGCCAAGCAGCUGCUCGCCGAGCUCGUGCUCGUGGAGGAAGAGAUCGCGCGGCUCGAGUCGCAGAUCCACACCAUGAAGGGCGACCUAAUCACCACCGCGCAGCAGCAACGGGCGUCCAUGGCGACCACCGCCUAUGCCUCCUCCUACUCGCCAAGUGUCUAUACCAGCAAUGGAAAUGGCAACAGCAACGGUACGGCGGCAUACGCGGCAUUGACUCGUCAGCCGGCUGAUCAGGUGGCGCCGGAGAUCAAGUCCAUGUUCUUCAUCAGCCAGGCCAUGAACGCCGAGUACCUCCAGCGCCAUCUGGCCGCCGACGACAAGCCGGACAGGAGCCCCAGAGACCAGACCAGAGGAUCAGGAGCCGGCGCCGUCAGCCCAAAGUUCAACGAUGACAGCUUUGGCCCCCCGCCAAGGAAUUCCCAUGACAAGAAGCAAUCGAAUGGCGCAUACCAAAAACCUCCGCAGGUCACCCAAGAACCGUCACCGCCGCCGACGACGGCGAAGAGGGACGAGCAGAGCAAGGCCCUGCCGAACAAGCUGUCGGAGAGGAUCGUGAAAUGCCUGGCGGUGAUCUUCAUCAGGCUGCUCCGGUCGUCGCGGGCGGCGGAGAUGGACAAGUCCGGCAACCUCGCCAGGUCCGGGAACCUGCAGGGGAGCUUCAGGAUCGACGCGGCGCUGAACGUGGCGGCUGGCGCCGCAAAGGAGAAGGACAGGGGGCAGCAGGACCACUACGGCAUCUUCGGGAUACAGGACUCCAUGGUCAGAGACAUCGGCCCCUACAAGAAUCUCGUCAGGUUCACCUCCAGCGCCUUCGACCUCCGAGGGUUCUCCGGCUCCCCUCUGCUCACCAAGCUGAGGGAGAUGUUGGAGGCCUUGCAGCAGGUGGACUUAAGGUUUCUGACGCACCAGCAGAAGCUAGCAUUCUGGCUCAACAUAUACAACACAUGCAUCAUGCACGGGAUUCUGCAGCAUGGUUUGCCCUCGAACUCUGAAAAGCUGCUGGCAUUGAAGAACAAGGCAACGAUCAAUCUUUCUGGGCAAAAGUUCAAUCCUCUGGUAAUAGAGAAUUUCAUCUUGAGGCAGCCAUCCAGUGUGAAAGAAGAAUUCUGGAAAUGCGACGUCGAUGUCGAAGAGCAACAAGUGAGGAGUCUCUACGGAUUGAACAGUUCAGAGCCCAACAUUCUGUUCGGGAUGUGCUGUGGCAUCAGAUCUUCUCCGGCACUCCGGAUAUACAAGGCGGAUCGCGUGAUGGCGGAACUGGAGAAGGCGAAGCUGGACUACCUGCAGGCGUCGCUGGUGGUGACCUCGACGAGGAGGCUGAUGAUCCCAAGCCUGAUACACUCCAACAUGCAUGACUUUGCCAAGGACAUGGAGUCCCUGCUCAGGUGGAUCUGUGAGCAGCUCCCCACAUCUUGGUCGCUCAGAAAAUCCAUGGUGGACUGCUUGAGGGGGCAUCUCAAGGUCGAAGACGUCGUGGAGGUGAUCCCAUACGACUAUGAGUUUCAGUACCUGCUGCCCAAGUGA